AUGGAAACUGGGGAGAAUCUGUCAAACAUUACAAGUUUCGUCCUCCUGGGAUUUGGAAAUCUCCCUGAAUUGCAAAUUCCUCUCUUUGCAUUGUUUCUAGCCAUCUAUACUUUGUCUAUUGUUGGGAAUGUCGCAAUUGUUUUUCUAGUUGCAAUUGACCAUCAUCUUCACACCCCCAUGUAUUUCUUCCUGCUCAACUUGUCCUGCUUGGAAGUUUGCUACUUUUCAACCAUCCUUCCCAGGAUGCUUGCUAAUUUUCUAACUGGGGAUAGAUCCAUUUCUGUUAAGGGUUGCAUCACACAAUACUAUUUCUUUGGUUUCUAUGCAGCCACAGAGUGCUAUCUUCUAGCAAUGAUGUCUUAUGAUCGAUAUUUGGCAAUAUGCAAACCUCUGCACUACACAACCGUCAUGAGCAACACACUCUGCAUUCAAUUAGCUUCCACAUCUUGGAUGAGUGGCCUUGUGACCAACACUAUAAUCACUGGCUUCAUGUUACAGCUGACAUUCUGUGGACCCAAUGAAAUCGACCAUUUCUUUUGUGAUGUAUAUCCUGUGGCAAACCUCUCCUGCAGCAAUACCUACCCGGUGAAGCUUGCCACAUUUAUUCUAGGCCUCUUUGUCACGGGACCUCCAUUUCUACUGACAUUGUCCUCCUACAUCUGUAUUAUUCUUACUGUCUUGCAAAUUCAAUCCAAGGCUGCCCAGCAGAAGGCCUUCUCCACCUGUUCUUCCCACCUCAUUGUUGUAACAAUUUUCUAUGGGUCAAUAUUCCUUGUUUAUGUGGUCCCUGAAACAGACACCCUGAAGGAGCUCCACAAAACCUUCUCUGUGUUCUAUACUGUCCUGACUCCCAUGCUCAACCCCCUUAUCUACAGUCUAAGAAACAAAGAAGUGAAAGAAGCUUUUUUCAGAUUUGCCAGGAAAUACAGCAACCUAAAAUCAUAG